AGUUCAGAAUUUGGAGUAAGCUGAUGAAUAUUGGGCAAUAUUAUUUUCUUUUUGUAUAUUAUAUAGUGUUAUGAGACGUGACUUAAAUCCGCUAAAAGAUUCAUUUUCAUAAACACUUACAAUAUGUUCUAAAAAUAAUUAUUGUUAUGUGACGCGACGAUACGUAAAAAUAUAUUUUAUUAGUAUGUUUUUAAUACAAUUUGCAUUGUCGUUUGCGAGCAAGAAAAUAGUUUGUACAAUAUAAAUAUUACGUACAUGUCGUUGUUAUUCGAAUUGUGUGAGACCACGAUGCCUGUCCAACAAAUAAAUGUGAAGAACUCGUCUGAUAUAGAAAGUUGGGAAUGGGGCGGAGGAGGCGGCAGAGAGACGAUCCGAGCUGGGUCUGGGAGCAGUCAGACCUCGUGCAGUAACUCUAGCGGAGAUAUUUGCCGAAUAUGUCACUGUGAGAGCGAAGCUCACAACCCUUUGCUUGCGCCUUGUUAUUGUUCAGGAAGCCUUAAGUACGUGCACCAGAGUUGUUUGCAGCAAUGGUUGACCGCGUCGGAGACGAGAUCGUGCGAACUAUGCAAAUUCAACUUUAUCAUGCAUACAAAAAUAAAGCCGUUCAACGAGUGGCGGCUGCUGGAGAUGUCUGGCGUGGAGCGGCGGCGGCUGUGCUGCGCCGUGCUGUUCCACUGCGUGGCGGCGCUGUGCGUCAUGUGGUCGUUGUUCGUACUUAUCGAGCGCGCCGUGGAAGAGGUCAACCGCGGACUUAUCGCUUGGCCUUUUUGGACAAAGCUGGUGGUUGUGGCGGUGGGUUUCACCGGCGGCGCAGUUUUCAUGUACAUACAGUGCCGCCAAUACUUACAUCUCUGCAACCGCUGGAGAGCACACAACAGAAUUUUGCUGAUACAAAACGCUCCGGAAAAGCUCCCCAUAUGCGGGUGUUCCCCGCCCGCGCGGCUCAAGCGGCGCGAGCGCAGUGCGCGCGGACAAGUCGUCGCCAACAUCGAGCCGCCGCCCGCCCCGCCCGCCCCGCCCGCCCCGCCCGCGCUCUACCACGAGGAGGACGAGAGCGGCGGCUUCGAGACCUACCGCGCCAACCCGCGCCGCCGCCUCUCCACGCACGCGCCGCCGCCCACCGCCGCGCAGCCCGCGCCGCCGCCCGAGGACACGCGCCGCCACUCGGACUCGCAGCCCGCGAGCGCGGCGGCCGAGCCGAGCCACGUGUACCACAUCGCGGUGGACCCGCUGGAGGCGGACAUCCGGUCGCUGCUGGCGCUGGAGGCGCGGCGCGCGGCGCGGGCGGCGCGCUCGCUGCCGAACCUGCGCGCGAGCCGCGAGAGCCUGCUGCCGCCCGCCGCGCCCGCGCCGCCGCCCGCGCCCGCCGCCGACCCGCAGAGCUCCUGAGGCCGGGAGCCGGCGCCGCUGCUGCUCUACCCCGACGACACGGUGUACUAGGACACGUGUGGCGUCACGUGUGGCGAUAGACCGGUGUGUUCGUGUAGCUCUGUGAAACCUGUAAAUAGUUAUUAUAGUUCGGUGGUACUGUGCGAGUGUGAGACGUUGCGGAAGGUACGGUUGUGACGGCGUGACUCCGUAGUUUGUUGGAUGUUGAAUGGGUAUAGUUGUGAGGAAAACGCCUGUAAAACUUCCUGAACUGUUUAUUUGCAGUUAAUGAAAUUAUUCAAUACUGCCGCCCGUAAUGCGUGUAUAUAAUGUUGCAAUUUUAUCGUGAGUAAUAAUAGGAACUGCUCUCAUUAAAGUAAUUGAUAUCGACAGACGCAAAUAAAUAACGUGAACAUGUGGCUCGGUUCGUGUCACUUGUCAUUAUGCAUUAUCACUCUAACAUUAAACACAUGACAACGUAAUAUACUAAAAAAAAGCCAAAAGUAAGGUAACAAUGACGUCAUUGUUAUAGUAUGUAGUUAUAUAUUUCUUUUAUAUUCAAAUAAUUAUGGUUUCCCAUCAUCGUAUCUCAUUAUUUAUUGUGAUUAAAAUAUCGACUCAAUCACUUUUGGAUGGACAAUCACGUGGAACUGUUAAGAACAUACUUGAGCUGAUUAUUUUGGUAUUUUAAAAUAUAAUGGUAUUUUAAAAUACUUACAUCAUUUCGAACUUCACUUGUUAAUUCUAAUAAAACUGUUAAUUUUGUUAUUAUCUUAUGAUCAAAAGGACCAAAAGAUUUCGAGAAAAUCGUCGUGAUAGGUCGCAAAUAUUUGAAAGUGCUCCCAAUGUCGGCUAUAAACGAUGCAAAGCAAGAGAGAUCUUCGAAUUCGAAUUUUUAGGUAAGGUGCUAUGUGUUAGUUCCACGGUGGUAAUCUCAAAAAAAGGUCCUGCAGUUGCACCUUGACUUUGAUAACGCACAGUGUGGGGCCAAAUUUGUUCACUUCCUCAACCCCUUAAGGCGCCAUUGAGUGCUCAUAUAUAUGGAGGAUACUGUGUGGCAUUAGUCCGCAAACGAGCUGUCAACUGCCACGUGACGUCAUAGAAUACUUUCGCAAAAACAUUAUGCAACACGAUUCAAUUCUUUUGUUUUUUUUUUUAUCUCUGAGUAAAAGGUUAUUAAAACUCGAAUAGUGUGUUGGUAGUCUCGAAUAUUUACGCCGGCACCAAGAUUGCUUUGCAACCAUUGCUUUGAAAUCUUAUGGUUCUUUGUUACGAUGUUAUUUCUUUCAUCACAAUGAAUGCGUGGUCGGUCAGAUACCAAAAUUUUGCAAAUAACUUUACUAAUGUAAUGUUUUAAAGUUUCAUUGUUAUUUCAAAGUUUCUUAAUAAUUACUAAAGUUACAACUUAUUCUGAGUGCUAAGUAAGCCAUUUGAUAUGCCUACGUGGUCUAAGCAAAGUAAACAUUUAAGGCACCGCAUUAUGUAUGAACGAACUCUAAGUUAGCAUUUUGGGCAUGUCGCGUAAUGUCCUUUGGUGUUAUAUUUGAAAGACGUAGAUUUCGUAUUGAUGUUGUCAAAGAACUUGACUCUGUAGUCUGGACUAGAGCGAGGUGCAGGAGGCAAGUUGCUUGAUUUACUAAUAGUUCGGUCGAUACGCCGUCUUUCCGCGAACAUCUACAAGCGAUAGGUCAAGUUGUUUGACUGCAUCUAUCCCUGUAGCGUUGUAAUAUAUUUUAACCUGGUACAAUUAACUGGAGAAAUUCAACGUCCACCUUGUAAAUGAAGGCAAAAAUGCAUUACAUCAUUAUGACAAUUCACAAUAAUAAUAACUUAUUUCGAAACUGUUUUAUGAUGUUCGGUUGGAAUAUAGCUAUGCCUUGUGUGGUUAUUUGUGUAUAUGCAUUUCUUGUUAUACAAAUGUAAAUGAAUCAUAAUGCCAAGUAGACAUCGAAAUGAUAGAAAAAUAAAUGAAAUAAUUUAUUGAUUACAAUUCAAUAUGCCACUUCAAUUUCAUGUUAGGUUUCUUUGUUUUAUUUAUAUCUUGGGCCUCUUCGUUAGUUUAGUAAUCAUCACAUUUGGGCUAAAAAUCAGUGCUAUCAUGUUUUUCUGUAUCUCUUUGACCACCUCUUCGGGUAUAGGGUUAUGUAAUGAAUACAUUUCCGUAGUUAGACAUUCGGAAACCACACUGUGAUUGUUUAUAUUCCCAUUUGCGUAUUGAUUUCGCUGUGUCCACGCGAGCUAGGCGGCGCGGAUGCUUCCUCUCGACCGCAGGAAAUUAAAAUCGCGCGGAUCUCUUGCCGCGUCUAGAGUGUCGCGGUACAUUCGCUUGGCGGAAAUCGCACUUUCCUUACGUGUUGUAUUAGUGUUGGAUGGACUACAUGUCUGCCAUACUAUGUGGGACAUCAUAAUAUCUAUAACGAAAAUAAGUACCAGGAUUAAAAAAAACUACUCUGCCCCAAAAUAUCAAAACGCUUCAUUAAAAAUAAGAAAUUUUCUCUUGGGUAUACAGCGCGGAGACGUUAAGUGUUAACCAUCGAUUUUUUGCGUAAUUUGUUCAAAACUAAUAAAUGAGUCAUAAAGUAAGGCAAAUAAAUAAAAUACAAUGAUUUCUUUCCAUGUCAUUAAAUUUGUAAUUACGUACACUCAUGCCUUCUUAUCACCAACUACUUCACAUUAAACGAUGUAUAAACCUUUAGUAAAUGAAUAAUUAUAAUCGGAUAUAAUAUAUUGUAUAUUUUUGCUAUUAAAAAAAACACAUGUGAACACAAGUGGAUGAAAGAUAAAUGUAUGUAGGAUUGUUUUGGAUUUUGGAUAUAAUUGUAUAUUAUGUACAUAUCGUUUACCAGAUUAACUUCAGUUCGUGGCUUUGUUUUAUGUUAAGGUUAUAGCUUAAGGUCCAUUUUUCAUACAUUUUGUUUCACCUUUAAUCUGGGUAACUAAACAAGUAUUGACAAGUAAAGAAUUUAAAUUCACGUCUAGUUAGUGAUUAGUUCUCGCAGUUGAAAGAAAAACGUAAAAAUAAUUAAUAUGCAUGGAUAUUUCGGCCUUUAAAAUUUUGUCAUAUUAAAUUUCAUUUCAUUUCAUUACACACUCGCAUUCAUAAUAUUGCGAUUCGAGAUAAGCGUAAACUCACUAAUAUUAUAAUCAUAUUUUCCUUUUCCUUGCUUUUUCGAUUUACUCUACUCCUAGUUUUGAUCUGAAUAUCUAUAAGAGAAGAAUCUGAAGGGAACCAGUGAUGUUCCUUUUAUAAUGAGUUUACAUGACAAUUAAAAAACAUAAUUUAUUUAAUUUUUUUUCUGGAAUAAAAUUAUUAAAAUAUAAAUUUGUGAAAUAAAUAUAUAUUUUAUCUUUACAAACGCUUAAAUUUUUUAUUCAUGUAUUAUUUGAUGCUACUUUGCAUUUUGCAUUGCUGAGGGAAUCCCACACAUGUUCCACACAUGAGCAUAAAUUUGGUUAGAAGGGGCCUAUACAACAAUAAAACUUACGUAUUAUAAGGGAGUAGGAACCGCCUGACCUUACUCUUAAUUACAUACACAUUUGAUUUUCGUAAAUGUCGAACAUUGUUUAAUGUUCCUUGCUGUGCCAAUUAAGUUCAUUAUUGUUUAUCUAUCGUUUCGUGUUGCGUGUAAAUUACGCGAUUUCGUUUUUAUUAAAAGUCACGUUUUUUCUUAAAAAUACCGGCACGUAGUUGAUAAAGUGAUUUAUUUAAAUAACUAUUUUGCAUAGCUGCUUCCGUAUUUUAUCAUACAGUAAUUCUACAUUUAUUAAGUCUCGCUUUUUUAAUUUUUAUAGUAAAAUGAGAACAAACGAGCUGUUAGGCGCCGUAAUAUUAUAGCAAGUUAUCACCGACGGUAAUGGGGGUCUUUAAGGCGUUGCCAGACAGUGCUCUUGGCAUGCUAAUUACUAUAGCCCAUAUUUAUAGCUGCAACUCAAUUUCACUCUUAAGUUCGAUAUUAGUUGAGACGCUGUCAAAAUAAAGUUAGUAUUGUUGCUAUUUAAUGAACAGAUAAACAACAUCUGAAAAAAUUCUUAGUUACAGCAUAUGAAGGAUUUUGAUAAUUGGGUUUUGUUAAUUAAAUUCGCCCCCAAAACAGCUGAGAACAAGCUUCGUAUUGACAACUUAGCAUUGUUUAUUCAACAGUUCAAUGGAUGAAAUGUCUAUUUGAGUUCCUACUCAAAGGUGAAAUCGACUUAAUAUGGCUCCUAGACAAUGUGUGGAAGACGCCAAACAGAAAGCAAUACACGUAGCUUGUGGUGGUUUAAAAAGCACGUGUUCAAUACGUGAUGUGAAUCUCACACUCAGCCACGCUCUCUAUCUUGCAAGGCCUUAAGUGCUAGGGAAAAUUCAAUGGCUGCUGGAAUGACUGUAAAAAUAUAUUAAAGUUUUACAGAUAGGGAUUUUUGAUCUCUAAAAAUCCUAGUCGGUACGGAACGCACGAGCAAUAAAAAAGUAUUGAAAUAUUUUUGUAAGAAAUCGACAAUAUCGUGGCGCGAUAAAAUCAUUAUGCCGCCGCGUUGAGAACAGCUGCGUUACGUAAACAUUGGGCAAUAAUUUGAAUAUACGAUUAGUUAAGUUUAAUACAAAAUACCUGCAAACCUGAUUUGUAUUGUUGCAGUCUAUCAAUUAUUAUUUUCCUGUCAAUAAUUAAUGAUUCCCAGAACUUGAUCCAUAUUUAAAGACAUCCUUAUAGGUUAUGUGAAAUUAAUUUUACAUAUACAUAUAAAUCAUGAUGAAAUUUUAUUUUCGUUCUAAUUUUCGUUCGCUACAAUGAGUCUGUUUUAUAAGCGUCGAUUAUAUAGCAUCAAGUUAACCACUAGUUCGUUUGUCACAUUUACAAAUACUGGCCACUGUUCUAAGAAUGCAUAAUGGACAUUUAUAUUAACAAAACAUGGAUAAAAUCGCAGAUCAGCUUUUAAUGGCGAAAAUGUAUCCCUACUAAAACAGUAUAGCCCCACAAUAGUGUUUUCGAAUGACUUCGAUAUGAUAUUCGAGUCUUGAAGAUAUUUUGCAAACAUAUACAAUUACUGCAAUUUCACAUUUUUCACUAAGAGUAAAGUUCAGAGGCACACUAGUGAUCAAUGACAAACAGACCUUGCCUUGAUGAAUUCUAUUUGGUUGAAAAUUAAUUUAUGGUAAAUAUUGCGUACUACAUACCCGUAACGUACGUUACUAAGAUUCAAAUAUUGUAUAGCACUGUGCAAAAAGUAGCACAUAGUAAUUAUGUUAUGUGACACUGAUUAGCUAUUAUUAUGUUUGUUUCUUCAUAUUGUUUUUAAUUUUUUGUUAAUUUCGCGCUAACAAUGCUGUACAAAACCAAGUGCGUAGCUGACACGGAUGACACCCGGAGCAUGUUUACAUGUUUAGCGUAUGAUUUUGCGAAGAUAAUUAGGAAAUAUCAUUGUGUGCUGGUGAAAUUGUAAUUAUUUUUAUAUAAAAGUUAUAUUAUGUUAAAAACAAUAGAAUUAGACAUCACAAUCAGUAACCGCAAAAAUCACAUUUCUUGCUGUAAAUAUGAUAAUUAAAUAUCAGUAUAUUAACAAAGUGAAUGAACGAUGGAUGGUUUAUUAAUUGGUGAGUCUGCAUUUAGGUACAGCAUUUUUUCAUUCAGUUCAAUCACAUUUUUUUUUUCGAUUGUUUACUGAGUUCGUAAACAUUUUCUUGAGUAUGAUUCACACUCUAUUAGUCGCCGGCGGACGGCGCAGUGAAUUUUAUAAAGUAAUAAAUGUAAGAUAAAGGUUAUAUUUACUUGUGCCACAUCGUCCACGUAGAGCGGAAAUUAAAUAACACGCAUAAAUAGGAAACUGAGAAAUGGCAAUGAUAUAAAAUGUUAAAUUAUUCUUAUUUGUUAUACAUGUUAUAGCUAUAUCAAAAACUUGCCUAGUUUUUGUUUUAUGAAUUGAAAACACAAAUUUGAUUUAGAUUAUACAGCUUUUACGUCAAAAUUGUCUAAUACUGUAAUAUUAUGUUGACCACGGAUUUGAACUUUUCACACUAUUCACAAGAACUUAAAACUGCUUAAAUAUGCCUUGAAGGCCUUUGUCUAUAUAAGGGCGAUAUAUUCAAAUAUAUAUGUACCUAUACAGUUGUGUUUACUGCACGGGUACGCCGAUCCCCGAAGUGUAGUGUUCUAGAGAUGUUUUUAGUAUAAUUUGUUUAUUCAUUUGUAUUUAUUCCUUUCAAAUAUUUUUUAUGCCGUAAAACAUUUAAGGUGAACUAUAAUCGAUUUAAGAAUUUUGGCCUUCAUUUGCAGCUUCUCUUCGCCUAGGCGAAGUGUAACGCGAAUGGUAACGCACUAGUGCGUUUCCAUUUUUAUUCUGUCCCGAAUGCGAUCGCACGCGGUAGCGCGAGCCCACAUAGUGACCAAAAGGCAAGCAUAGAUUCAAGAAUACUAAGUUCUGGGUGAAGAGGUGUGGUUCAAGCUUGCAUUCAAAAUAUUUGGAAACUUUGCAAACCGUAUCAAUAAUUUAAUUAUUUAGUUUACCAUGAAACAUAUUUGAAAUGUAUUACACAUAUACGUUUUCAUAAUGCUUCAUCGAAUAAACAUAAAUACUACCCAUAUCAAACGUCAAACUUAAAAACAUUUGAUUUACUGAUAUUAUAACAAAAAACUAAUUGCACUAAAUGAGUCUUUAGAUUGUUUCAUUUAGAGUUUCACAAGCCGUUCAUAAUUUUCAUAUUUAUUGAGUAUAAUUAAAAUUGUGUAUUUGAUGAAAAAAAAAACAGUAAAUCAUUUAGGUCAAUUCCAAUUGAAUUUAUGUUUAUUUAACGAGAAUUGGCCUUAUUGAAUUAAAUGUAUGUAGUUUAAAUAAAUAAAUCAGAAUUUUGGUGCUAAAUGAAAAAGCUGAUAUCGUUCCAAAAUCAAGUAACCACAAGAUUUUUUUGUCAUACAGAAAAAAGACGUCGAUAACAACAAUGUGAUCUCCACCGUGUUGAUAAUGUGGAUAAAAUGUUUGGUCUGUGAUAAUUUUUAUUUUGACCCAUUCUUUAGUAUUGGUUGUGUUCUAUAACAUUAAUUUAAAACGUGUACAAGUAUAUCGUAUUAACCUGAUAAUUCCAGAAAAGUAAAUAAUUUGUUUUACCUUACAGAUAUCUUGGCAACAUAUUAGCUACCUUGUCUUAUAAUGUCAGAAUUAACAAGGACAAAACAUUUUUGUGAGGUAGAUCGGUAUUUAUUUACAUUUGUGGAACUAUCUGGAAAGUGUAAUACUAUGUAUAGCAUAUGCUUGGUGUCCGAACUAAUGGAUAAUGGAACACUCAUUUUCGCUUUGACGAUACGAAAAUGGAUGUUUCAUUAGAAGAUAUUGUAUUUUCCUUUAAUAAAACAUAGUUUUUCAACAUAUUCUUUAAUAAAUCAGAUCUAAAUUCUUUAUAAAUACAAGAGCUACGUUUACGUCUCAUAUCAUUUAAGGCAUUACGUUUCGUCGAAACUAACACUAAUUGUACGAUAAUUUUAUUCAUCAUAGAAUUAAAUAAUAAUUUUAGCUGUUCGCGGGUGCUUCGAGAUGUUCUGGAGUUACACGCGCAAUGAGCACUUAAUGUUGUGUACUUAUUUUGUGUAUUUACAUAUCACGAUGAACUAUUUCGAAUUUAUGGAAUAUUACCGCUGUGUAAAUUACGGCUUCGAUGUUAUCGGAUAUUCAUUAGAGCGCGUGGUUACAGUCACUUCCUUCCUUGAGUCUUGUUCUGCCAAAAUGAUAUGCCUGCUUGUUUAAAUAUCUGAGGCCGUUCUUGCAUACGAUACUCACAAUAUAAUUUUACAUCAUGAGAGUCUCGGAGUACAAGAACGAGUUUAGGUAAUCUGUAGAAUAGUCUGACCAGGAAAAUAGAAAACCUCGCCAUGUUAAAAAGUAUGGAAAUAAUUUCUUGUACUGACUAUGUGAACUUUAAAAUGAAAAGCAAAAGCGGCGACGAUAUAGCAGGUUUUUUAUUUUGCUAGUCAGACUGUAUUGAUUAUUGUUUUUAUAUUUAUCCGUUUACAGGAUUUAAUUACUGGCUGAUAUGUUAAUAACACACGGGCGCAUAUAUUGAGAUUCCAUUUUUUUUUGCAUAUAUUAAACCCGGUGUACCAGAUUUUAGCUGGAAUAGCCGCUAUUUUAGUAAAGUUGUGUUUUAUGUACAAAUAUACGUAAAUGAUGUACGCACUGGCGAAUGUGAAAAGUAAUUUCAGUACCUUGAUGGCUUCCUCCCAAUAUAUGCGCGCCUCGAAACCAUUGCUAUUUAUAGAGAAUUACUAAUUUAUAUAUUUUAUUUUUAGGAUUCAGUACCUUAUUCUUGUAUAUUAAUUUCUAGGACAAAACUGCAACCUUUGUUGCUUCCAAUAAAUUAAAGAAUAGUGUAUCAUUUCUUAUACACACGUAAGCCAGUCACAACAUUAUAUAAGUAAUUUUAUGAGUGUUUGUCACCCACUGUAAUGGCUGUUCAAGUAAUACUACUUUGCUAUUUUUAACUCAAAGCUUUUGACGGAAAUGUAAUAAAAUUGUCGGUGUACGAGACGUUACCCAUAUUUGUAUAUUAUGUGAUGUGAUACAUAAUUAUUACUUAUACCUAAGUUUUGUUCUCCUUUGCUCAAAAUUAUUUCCCCUUUCGAUCUGCGUACUUAUCAUUCAAGAAAUUUUCAAGACUGUUUUGUUGUGUAGCAUUGUUUUCUCAUCGGGUCAUAAAUAUAGUUAUUUUUAAAAAUG